UAAAUUGAUUCAAGCAAUUCCUGCCGCAGAGGCUGCAGCGAAAGAAAUCUUAUUUGAUUGUGACCGUGUGUGUGUGUGCUUGUGUUAUCUCCUUUGGAAAUUGAAAGUACCGACAGUUUUUUUGUUUUCUUUUUCGAUUUGUUUGUGUGGUUCUCUAUUGUAAUCAAGCGAAACAAUAACAAAAACUUACAAUUGAACUCCGUGGUGAUUACUCUCUCUGCUGCAGAGCUGCAGGCGUCCCUAUGCAAUUAUUUAUGUGAGUGAGAGAGUGAAAGAGAAAAAGAGAUUUGAUUGGCCUUGCUUUCAAUUCUCGCGCCCUUUUAAUUAAUUAAGACAUUGUUUUGAUUUAAUUUUGUGUUUACUUGGGGCGCUUUUGUUUAUUUUCACAUAAUAAACAAUGCAAAAAUCAAUUGGAUAAUGGAAAUUUCGCAUAUAGCAGUUUGAAAUAACAAUUAGCUCAAAGGACUCCCAGCACCCCCCAUCCCUGCAUUCCAACAAAUAAAAAUCUCGAAAACUAACUAUGUGUACCAGAUAGUGUUGGGCUGUCAACAGAAAAACUUUCUUCCAACUUCCGCACACAAUAUUAUCGCACUUUGAAACUCUGCCAUAGCGCUCUCACCCCACCCCCUAACAGUAGUCCUUCCUCCCACCACAUUGCGGGUAGUCAACUCCGCGCCAUGAAUCGCUCAACCCACGGCGGCGGCAGCAUCAAAUCAUCAUCGUCGUCCAACUCAACGAUGACCACCACAAUGCGUCUCAGCAAAUCCUUUCAAAGUAAAAUGGACAAAAUGUCCGAACGUCUGUAUGACGUUGUCAAAAGUGGUUUUAUGAUCAAACGGGCCCAAAACAAGAAACGCUUCACACCGGUCAACUAUAAGCAACGCUGGUUCGAGUUGACCAAACGGACGCUGUCAUAUUUCGAUGUGGAAAAUGUUGAGCGUCGCCGUGAACGUGGCCGCAUACCUGUCAAGGGUGUCAGACUUGUUGAAAUCGCCACGGUAAAUGGUGAAGGUGGAGAUCCCUUUGCACCGGAUGGUUAUCCUUUUCAAGUAGGCUAUUGUGAGUCUACCGAUGAUCAAUCGCAACGUACUGUGCCCCAAUACACUCUGUAUUUGGUAGCCAACAGCGAAAAAGAACGUCACGAUUGGAUACGUGCCAUACGACAAGUUUGCGAGGACACCAAUACCCCCAAAUCAUAUCGUUUUCAUCCGGGUCUCUGGUCGGGUAAACGAUGGUCCUGCUGUAAGGGUAUCAGUCGUGCAACAUUUGGCUGUCAGGCGGCAACACAUUGGCGUGAAACCAACAAUAAUCCAAGUACUGGUAGUUCACCAGCCCAGAUAUCACAGCGCAGCAUUAGUCCAAAUAAUUCCACAUCGACGAGUCAAUUUAGUUUGCAUCACAAUAGUUCUGGCAGUAUAGGUAGUUCAACGCCCACAUCGCUGCAUCCACAGUCAUCGGUAUCCACAUUUAAACAGUCACCAAAUUUAUUAAACGGUAACGGUUCUCUAUUGGAUAACACAAUGCCAGGUGGUAUACCAACUCCGGGAACGCCAAACUCUAAAGCUAAGGACAAUUCACAUUUUGUUAAAAUUGUCGUAGCUUUAUAUCCCUUCAAGGCCAUUGAAGGUGGUGAUCUUUCAUUGGAAAAGAAUGCCGAAUAUGAAGUUAUCGAUGAUUCCCAGGAACAUUGGUGGAAAGUCAAAGAUGCCAUGGGCAAUGUCGGUUAUAUACCCAGCAAUUAUGUCAAACCAAAAGCUUUGCUGGGUCUGGAACGUUAUGAAUGGUACGUCGGCGAUAUGUCACGUCAACGUGCCGAAUCCUUAUUGAAGCAAGGCGACAAAGAAGGCUGUUUUGUGGUGCGUAAAUCAUCAACAAAAGGUUUAUAUACACUAUCGCUGCAUACCAAAGUUCCCCAAUCACAUGUCAAACACUAUCACAUCAAACAGAAUGCUCGCGGAGAAUAUUAUUUAAGUGAGAAACAUUGCUGCGAAACUAUACCAGAUCUAAUCAACUAUCAUCGGCAUAAUUCCGGUGGCUUGGCAUGCCGUUUAAAAUCAUCGCCAUGUGAUCGUCCAGUACCGCCAACGGCAGGUUUAUCACAUGAUAAAUGGGAAAUCCAUCCCAUGGAAUUAAUGUUGAUGGAAGAACUCGGCUCGGGUCAAUUUGGUGUUGUGCGUCGCGGAAAAUGGCGUGGUUCCAUUGACACCGCCGUCAAAAUGAUGAAAGAGGGUACCAUGUCCGAGGAUGAUUUCAUUGAGGAGGCCAAAGUUAUGACCAAAUUACAACAUCCAAAUUUGGUGCAACUCUAUGGUGUAUGCUCCAAACAUCGUCCGAUUUAUAUAGUCACGGAAUACAUGAAACAUGGUUCCUUGCUGAACUAUUUGCGGCGUCAUGAGACAACAUUGAUUGGUAACAUGGGUCUAUUGCUUGAUAUGUGCAUACAGGUCUCCAAAGGCAUGGCCUAUUUGGAACGUCACAAUUACAUACAUCGCGAUUUGGCUGCACGUAAUUGUUUGGUCGGCUCGGAAAAUGUCGUUAAGGUAGCCGAUUUCGGUUUAGCCCGUUAUGUAUUGGAUGAUCAGUACACAAGUUCGGGUGGUACCAAAUUUCCUAUUAAAUGGGCACCACCAGAGGUCUUGAAUUAUACUCGCUUCUCGUCGAAAAGUGAUGUUUGGGCAUAUGGUGUCCUUAUGUGGGAAGUGUUCACUUGCGGCAAAAUGCCCUAUGGCCGUCUAAAGAAUACUGAAGUUGUUGAACGUGUCCAACGUGGUAUUAUUUUAGAGAAACCAAAGUCAUGCGCUAAAGAAAUUUAUGAUGUCAUGAAGAAAUGUUGGUCCCAUGGCCCCGAAGAGCGUCCAUCAUUCCGCGUGCUCAAGGAACAACUGGCCCUAGUGGCACAAACACUCACCGAUUAAAAGCCCAAUUCCAUUGAAUUUUAUUACUAUUAUUUAAAAAUAAUAACUUAACAUAUUACAUCCUCCCCCUCAUCAUCAAAAAACACAAGGAAACUCGUGGGCCGGUGUGCAAGCCCACGAUUCCCAGCAAUUAUUCUGCAGAGGAGACAUUUAAAUAAAAUUCAUUAUAAGCUUCACACGUCUUGAAAAAAUAAUUAUUAAAAAUAUAUAUAUUUAUAAAAUGCCAAUAUCUAAGUAUAACAAAAGAGGAAGAAGAAGAAAAACAAAUUCAAAAGCACUGAUGAGAAUAAAAAGAAUUUAGUUAUAAAAAUAUUUUAAAUUAACAAGAAAAGGAAAGUAAGAAGUAAUCGACAAAAGAACUAUUAAAAAUAUAAGUUAGCUGAAGAAAUUUUUGCAUGAUUUCAGAGUGUUGCAAAUCAUGAUAUAGAUAAACUGGAAAUUUUUUUAUAUAUAAACAAAAUUAAAACUUUGGCCAAAUUUGUAAAAAAAAACAUUAGAAAAAUGUUUUGCAUAACAAAACUACAGUUUGGAAAAAUAUGAAAAUAACAAAUUAAAAAAGACCCCCCAUUAAUUGAAAAGGACAUCAGUAUGUAUAUAGAGAAUAAGUAAAACUAAAAACUGAUAAUAUUAUUAAUAUUAAUUUUUUUCAUAGUUAUUAGAAUUUUGAUAAAGAUGAAAAGCAUUCGUAAUUAGAUUUUUAUACAAAAAUAAAAUUAAAAAAAUAUAUGAUUAAAAAAGAUUUCAUGUAUAAAAAUUAAGCAAACAAAACACAAUUAUUUUAAUUUGCUAUAAUUUUGUUUUUUAUCAAUGGAAAUUAUUUUUUCAUAAAACUCGAUAAGCUUUUUAAUAGUAAUUUAAAAGAAGACAAAACAAUAUGUGAAAAUUAAACAACUCCAAGCGAUAUAAAAAUCUAAUAGCCAAUUAAGUCAGUAAAACAAAAACUUUAGCUUACCUUCCUUAAAAGGUAAUCUUUAAACUCUCAUUUAAUUAUUGAUACAUAAUUAAAAACAAAAACACUCAAUUAUUCCUUUGUUGGUUUUUAGUUUUAAAACAAAACAAAAAACAUAUUUUUUAAAAAAGAUGUGCGUAAAACUCGCAAGUGUUUUUUUCUAUAUAAAAAUAAUAAUUAUUAAAAUAUGUCUAUUUAAUUUUAAGUAUUUCCAAGAAAAAAAAAACAAAAUAUCUACACACUUUCGUUUAUAAUUAUAAUUUUGUGAUUUAUGUUUAAUUAUUGCUCUACAUACACCACCCCCUCCUAGAUUGUAAGCAUAUGAACUCAAAGAAGUAAACAGAAAAAAGAAAAAAUAAAACAACAUCAUUUGUUUCUUUCUCAGUUUCAAAGAAAUGAAAAAAAAAACAGAAAGGGACAAAAUAUUUGUUUUAUGAAAACUAAAUUUUUUUGCUUAAUGUUUUUUUUGUGUUUAAUUAUUAUUAUUUUAAUUUUAUUUCUGAUAUAAAUUUAAUCAUAUCAAAUGUGAAUUAAUUGUUUUUGUUUUUAUAUUAUUUUUUUUUCCUCCACCCACAAAUAUUUGAUUUCCCAUUUUGAAACCCCCACAAUAUUUUUUUAUUAUAGCAUUCAUAGCAACACCAUUUUGAAGAAUUAUUGAUUUAUUAUUAUUUUUAAAUUGAUGUUAGGUAGCAGAAAAACACCAUUACAACAAGUAUUGUGUGCGUUUUGAGAAUUUCUCGCCAAGUUAUUUUUUUAUCAAUUUAUUUUAUUAUUUUAAAAUUGUGUAAAUUAUAAGUAUUUUUUUUCUAUUAAAGAAAUUUAUGAUAAUUUUUAAACAACAACAUAAUUGAUUAAUAUUAUAUUUUUGUAUAUGAUAAACUUGAAUAAAACAACAAACAAAAACUUUGUAUAUGUCAA